CCUAUCUUCAAGCUUUCAUCCUCUCUCGCCAUGAGAGGGUUCUCAGAAUUCCAUCACUUCUCGUCCUCCUCAACAACAUCCACCGUCAUAUACGCCUUCCACGAGGCUGCCAACAAGCCGCUGUCGCUGGGGACCAAUCAAAUUCUCGUCCAUCUCCCAAAACCACCAUCCACCGACACCAGAUCUUCCUCCGCGACAACCAAAAUACAGGCGGCCUACCGCGCCCACUUGCUCCACCGCACGAUGUCGGUCGUGGACGUCGAGGCAAGGAAGGUCCAGCGGCAGGAGACGGUGGACGCGGUGAGGAGGGAGGAGAGGGAGAAGGCGAGGGUGAACGAGGAGCUAAUGCGGCUGCUGCUGGACGCCAUCCCCGGGAUCUGUCCGGCGGUGAGGGAAGAAAAGGUUGGUGUUUUGGAGGAAGGGUGGGGAAGCUAGGGUUUUGGCUGGGGAGGUUGAAGAUGAAGACAAGGGAGUGGCGCCACGCCAUGGGAAUUGAAAACUUGGGCUCGGAGAAAGACAACGACGACAAUUGAUUAAGUUUUGCGAUGCUUCUUGGGGUUUGGUCUCCAUUUUUGCACCAGGGGUAACAGAUUGAUUAA